CUGGGCAUCACCGAUCCAGCCUGUGCCAAAGAGGAAAGCACCGUGCGCGGCUGGAGCGCUGCACUUUGCGCCGGGGUUAUGUGUGGCCACGGCGCUCUGGGCGGCUCCGUGAGGCACCGGCGCCCGCCCUUCACAGCGGGCACGGCCUGUGGCCUUCCCGGCCUGGCGGGGACCGUGGGCUGCGAGCGAGCCACGCUCGGGGAAAGAAGCCCCGGGUGCCCACCGCAGCCCCGGCGGCUCCCCUCGGGCGGCUGUGGGGAAGAGCCGCAGCCGCGCCCGCCCCUCGGUGACGCCAUCCCCGCCGCCCGGCGCCACCGCCGCUCUCACCGUGCGCUCCGGACUACGGCUCCCGACGUGCCCGGCGUCGCGGGGCGGUGCCGGCCGAACGCGGCUCCCGGGCGCUGCUGGGCGUGUGGGGAUCGCCGCGGCCCGGGCGGCGGGACAGCAGCGGGGCCGGAGCCGCCCGCCCGCCCACCGAGCGCCGCUAUGGCGUCCAUGCUGCUGCAGAGCUGCGGGCGGCGCGCCUGCCGCCUGCCCCGAGCGCUGCGCCGCCCGCCACGGCCCGGUAACUUGGGAGAUCGGGCAUGUCUUAGCUGUACAUCCCUGAGGCUGGCAAACAAAAUGACUGUACACUUUAAAUAUUGCACUAGUGUCCCUCCUGUUUACGCCUACUCCAAAAAAGCUCACUAUUGUUGUUGGACUAAAGGAUCUGAGCAAAUACACUUCACUCUUACGAGCUCUUCUGGCUCAUGGACACCACUAGCAACCGUGGGUGUUUUAGGUCCCCAGUAUCUUCCAGUUAGGUGGUGGCAUUCUUCACGUCCCCUUCAAGAUGACUCCAUAGUUGAAAAGUCACUCAAGUCCUUAAAGGACAAAAACAAGAAGCUGGAAGAAGGAGGUCCUGUAUAUAGUCCAACAGAAGUGGAAGUUGUAAAAAAAUCUCUCGGGCAGAGGAUUGUGGAUGAACUGAAGCACUAUUACCACGGGUUUCGGUUGCUGUGGAUUGACACAAAAAUAGCUGCGAGGAUGCUCUGGAGAAUCCUGCACGGGAACACUUUGUCUCGUCGGGAACGGAGACAGUUUCUUCGAAUAUGCGCUGAUCUUUUUCGCCUGGUCCCUUUCUUGGUUUUUCUUGUUGUCCCAUUUAUGGAAUUUUUACUUCCAGUAGCUCUUAAGUUGUUCCCUAAUAUGCUUCCCUCUACAUUUGAGACAAAGUCUAAAAAGGAGGAAAGAUUGAAGAAAGAAUUGAGAGUAAAGCUUGAAUUGGCUAAAUUCCUUCAAGACACCAUUGAGGAGAUGGCCUUAAAAAAUAAAGCAGCCAAGGGAAAUGUUACAAAAGAUUUUUCAACAUUCUUUCAAAAGAUCAGGGAAACUGGUGAAAGACCCAGUAAUGAGGAGAUCUUAAGGUUCUCUAAGCUGUUUGAAGAUGAGUUGACACUGGACAAUCUGACCAGGCCUCAGCUGGUGGCACUUUGUAAAUUGCUGGAACUUCAGUCAAUUGGGACAAAUAAUUUUCUCCGCUUCCAGCUGACAAUGAGGUUGAGGAGCAUAAAAGCAGAUGACAAGAUGAUUGCUGAAGAGGGGGUCGAUACCCUGACUGUUAAAGAACUGCAGGCAGCUUGUCGUGCCCGAGGGAUGAGAGCUCUUGGUGUGACAGAGGAGCGUCUCAAGGAACAGCUUAAACAGUGGUUAGAUCUGCACCUGAACCAGGAAAUUCCUACAUCGUUGCUUAUUUUAUCCAGAGCCAUGUAUCUUCCAGAUACCCUUUCUCCAGCUGAUCAGCUCAAAACAACCCUUCAGACACUACCAGACAGUGCUGCCAAAGAGGCUCAAGUGAAAGUAGCAGAAGUAGAAGGUGAAAAAAUAGAUAACAAAGUACGACUGGAAGCAACACUUCAGGAAGAAGAAGCCAUCAGAAAAGAAAAUGAAGAAAAGAAACUGUCUGAAGCUGCAGAGAAAGCCAAAGAAACUCUUGAGGCUGCAGCCAUGAAAGCGGCGGAACCAGCAGCAGAUCUUGAAGCAACUGCUCUGCAAGCUAAAAAAAGCCAGGUGGUGAUGGACACUGAAGCAGAACUGGCACGGGCAGGUGCAGCAGUGCACUCAGAGACACUGAUAGAUACAGCACCAGUGCUGGAAGGCAUUAAGGGUGAGGAAAUCACUAAGGAGGAGAUUGACGUGCUGAGUGAUGCUUGCACCAAGCUACAGGAACAGAAAAAAUCACUAACAAAGGAAAAGGAGGAGCUUGAGGAAUUGAAGGAUGAUAUCCAGGAGUAUAAUGAGGACUUGCAAGAGAUAAAGGAGCUUUCUAAAACUGGUGAGGAAGAGGCAGUGGAAGAGUCAAAGGCAAGCAAGCGACUGACGAAGAGAGUGAACCGAAUGAUUGGUCAGAUAGACAAAAUUAUUGUAGAAUUAGAAACAAGUCAAAAGGCAGCAGAUGAAAAACUGGAUGGUGAGGGUACUCCUGCUGGAAAGAAUCUCAUCAGCAUUGCUGAGCUAAUUAAUGCAAUGAAACAAAUUCAGAAGAUUCCAGAGGAGAAGCUAACGAGGAUUGCAGAGGCACUAGAUGAAAACAAGGAUGGCCAAAUUGAUAUAGAUAAUGUUGUUAAGGUUGUAGAAUUGAUUGACAAAGAAGAUAUUGAUAUUGGCACCAACCAGGUUGCUGAGAUUAUGUCACUGCUUCAAAAAGAAGAAAAACUGGAGGAAAAAGAGAAAGCUAAGGAAAAGCAUGAUAAGGAAGCUGCAGAAGCAAAGAAUUAAGCUUCAGAAUCUGAAGCUAAUCGCAGUUGUAACCAAAAUCUUGUAUAUCUUUCUGUGUCUAAUGGCUACAUAUUACUUGAGCUUUGUGAUUAUGGGAAGUGUUUUGAGCUGAUUCUGGUAAUAAAUCGUAGAUAAGUUUUCUGACAUAUGGAAUGAAAUUUCCGUUCGUCAAAGAAGUGAUUUAGUGUCAUUCCAUACUGAUGAAAACAGAAUAGGCUUCUGUAGCAGUGCUCCUGCCCACAAAAACAUGUAUUUGCACUCAUUGUUGUGGUACAGUGAUCCAUUAAACUUGGAAGUUUGCUGUAUUAAUUCAGUGUAUCUAUCAUGGAGAAAUGUUUCUCAUUUAUUUUCUUCCAUCAUUACAUGGGGCCCAACCUUGCUCUGCUUCUACCUUUUAGCUUUUUCAAAAUUUAAUACAAACUUUCUGUUCCAUCACAAUACUACACGUUUUCUAAUCUGCUGGUGAAGAUUCCGUGGCUUCAGUAGUAGCUCUGUAGAUUUAGGGGGUUUUAAGCUAAAUAUCACUAAGCUGUUGCCUCACUGACAGAGAAUGUGGCAUUCUGAUCACUUUUAUGAAUUCAUGGUUAUUAUUAUUUUCUGUUGAAGGGAAAAAUCAGAUUUAUUUUUCCCUAGAAUGGAAAUUUGGCAUGAAGUUUGCUACUUAUGGGUGCCUUAAAUUUCAUAGGAUUAGAGAGUAGAGUAUGUUGCUUCUACUCAAAACUCCAUGAAUUAUUAAAGCAUUGGAAUCACAGGAGCCUUUAAAAUAGUUUCAGAACACAAUCUGUCACAUGGUAAAGUGAGUUAAAGUGUUUGUCUGAAUAGCAGGAUGAAAAUAAUCAAAAGGGGAAAAUGUCAGUUGUGAUCUUUUUGCAUAUAUUUUAAAAAGUGUAGCUAUCUUUGUGUGCUUGUUCUUCAUCUGAUAAUUAUUUACACCAUAACUAGUUCUCUUACCUCUCAAUUUUCAUCUCAGGUAUAAAGUCAUUAACAAAGUAUAGUCAGAGUACAUAAAUAAUGUUCAUCUCAUGGCUUUGCUUACUGUGCAGUCAACAAGUCAUUUCUGGUAUUGCCAGUGCUUUGAUUACAUUCUUGGUUUAUAGUCUUUAAAUGUGUGACUACAUACUGGCAGUAGGUCAAGGUUUUCUCAUUAAUAUUUCUUCUUUACAGUAAAUUUUAAAGUUUUAAAACUAAAAUACUAACUCUGGGAUGUUCCAUAAUUCAUGGUAGCCUCAAUUUUACAUUUUUCUUAAAAUCUGUUAUGAAAUACUUGUAGUGUGGCUUGAACCAGCAGGGUUGUGGUUUGGGGUUUUUAUUCCGUUUUUAUUUUGCACCCAGUAUUAUAAAAUGUACAACCAUUCUUGAUUUUGUGUACAUUAUAGAGAGCACAUCUGACAGUGGCACUGUACAUGAUGAUAUUGAGGUGGGCAGUUUGUACUUAAUGCUUUUAGUCAUAGUAGCUUAUUUUUGUAGAAAAUACCAACUCCCAAGCGUAUUUCAGCAUAAUUCCAUGUGCAGUAUUUAUCUAGAUUGGCUAAAUUAUUUGUACAAACUUAUUUGAAGUUAGUGGAACAAAAGAAGUUUUGACAGUCUCAUGGCUUGCAUGAUAUGGACCAUUGUAUUUAGUUGUUUCCAAAGCAAUAUGUACAGUGAGAUGUACAGUUCUAGAAAAAGUCAGUGUCUAGUUCAGCUCUUGAGUUCAUAUUCUGUACAGUUUGCAAAGAAAGCUGCUUACAGCAAGAUCCUCCUGAGAAUUACUGUAAUUGUAUCUGAAGUGUGAAAUUGCUGUGGUGAAGCUGAAAUUUCAAAUCAGUACAAUCUUUAUGGUUCAUGUAUCCCAAAACAAGGGGGCUGUUCUCUUCCUCAUAAAUCAAGAUUACCUUAGAGAUUUCAGCAAGGAAGUCACUUUGUAGAUUUUUGAAGAUCUGACUUCACUAUGUGCUUUUUUUUUUUUUUUAGGCCAAUGCUUGUGUUAGAUGAAAAUUAAAAAAUAAAACUGAUUUCAUAAAAAUACGAUCUAGAAACUAAUUUUCCAUUUUAUAAUUUACAGCUAGAAUUUAUGGGCUUUGAAGUACGCUCAAUUUUUACAGUGGCAUAUUUUCAAUUUUAAAACAAUGUGUAAGAAUAUUACUUGACAUUCCUGAAACGUGGUAAAGAUAGUCUAAAAUAGCCUGCUACCUUUCAUGGAAUAUCAAAACCCCAAGAAUUGUAUUCACUUGAAUGCAUGCACAUUUAAACCAGGGAAGUAGCAGAAAAAGGUGUUUUCAAAUAUUUAUUGAUUAAAGUUUUACAGAGCUUUAACUGUCCUGAAAGGAAUUGACUGAUUGCAGUAUUUGGGAGUUUAAAACACUUUGCUGCUGUUCUGUGUUUACUGUUCACUUAAAUUUUCUGUGGAUUAAAUAAGAAGGGAGACAAAAAUAGCUGAUUUUUUUUUUUAUUUUAGGAAGAAUAUUCUGAUUAAAGUAAUUGGAAUACAUUUGGACUUGCAUGAAAUUUGGCAUAUUGUGAAAUCUUUACAGAUUACAUAAAAUUCAUUUACGUGCCAGUCAGAAAUGGCAGCUUUCUGCUGUGACCUAGAGCGAUGACAGGACAUGCACACCAACCUCAGAAAGGACUUUCACGGGGAAUGCCUGCCUUCUGUUGAAAGCAGGCAAACCCAUGACAGCUGGACUUGAACAACACAUGUUCUGCAAGCUUUAAAAGAUUAGGGAAGCCCUUGGUGAUCCACUUUUACCUAACUUUGAACCUCCCAAGCAGCUCUGUACUGGUGAUACAGGCAACUGCAGCAGAGUGGCAUAGCUCCAGCUAAAAUGUGCUUGGUUGCCUUUGGUGUUGACCAAAAAAACCAGAAGCUGCAGUACAUUCAGAGAGAGGAUGAGUGUACAGGUGUACAUUAACUGGUCAGAACUUAUUCCUGAGUGAACAUUUAAUCAGGAGAUGUAAAUAUUUCUUUAAAUAAUUUAAAGGAUAUGUGAGAUUUCCAUGACUUUGUGACUUACACAGGCAAAGCCUCUGAGCUCAGACUUAGGUGAUUGGUAAGACCAUUGAUGGGGUUGUUGCAGAUUCAAAUAAAUUUUGACUAUAAACUAUUCAGGGGGAAAAGGUAAAACACGCAAAAAGCUUUUUUAAAAAUCCAUUUAGGAACAGAGAAGAGAAGUUGAGUAGGAUAUGAUUUCUUUCCCCCCUUCAAAACAAGCAUGUUAUCGGAGCUAUUUUAUUGAAAAACUUGUUUCUUUUUCAUCUUAGCCCAAAAGAUGGUUUUCACAGAGAUUUUCAUCACUGACUACAUACUGUGAGAGUCAGUCUGCCUGCAGGUUAAGUGACAGAAAGAGUUUGUCAGCAGGACUGCAUGCAGGUAGAGAAUAUCUCUUGCCAGGAUAGUACCUUACCCUAACGUAGGCUUUGUCCAGGGGGAAAAAGUUACAUCUUUUAUACAACUCCAAAAUACUUCUUGUAACUUUAUAUCUGCAUACCUUGCUAAUAAUUUUAACUUUAGCUACUUCAGCAUGUAUUUAAAUACUUUUAAAUUGUUAAUAUCAAAUAAUUGGGUAUACUUAAUUAAAAGAAUAAUCCCAUAUUCUGUUCUUCAUAUGUAUUCCAAAUUUUGCUUUUCAGUUGAUGAAUUUCAGCCUGUGUUAUAAAUUUAAGUUGAAAAUCAUUUGUCUGUGCUCUGAGCAUACUGGUCCUGUGUUUGCCAUAACUCAGUAUAAAAUUUUUAUGUUAAUUGGAGCUUGUAUCCUUUGUUUAGUUACAAUAAAAGUAUCAUUUUGAAACCUAA